AUCCUCCAUCUUCUUCUUCCUCAUCCUCUUGUUCAUCUCUGCAAGAUGUGGAAAACUCCAAAAAAUAGAGCAUUCUCUAUUUUGCUUAUUUACCUUUUCAUUAUUGUUGAUGUAAGAGGGCGCCCUCUAGGGUUCAAUGGGUAUCCUCAUGAGUUGGUAUCAGAUGGGAUUGAUGAGGGUGAAGGGCAGAAGUCUUCAGUUUUGGUGUUGAGAGGAAUGGGGUAUUCUUCAGAGGAAUGUGAGCAAUUGUAUGGGUUUUUGCCAUGCAGCAACAAUAUUUUUGGGCAUCUGUUCCUAAUUGUUGUGUAUGAAUACUUGAUGUUUCAUGGAGAGUCAUAUGUGGCAUCUGGGGGUGAGCAGAUUUUCAAGAUUUUAGGGCCUGGGGUGUUUGGUGCCAGUGUGUUUCAGGUCCUUGGUGCUCUCCCUGAGUCCUUGAUUCUUCUUGCGUCUGGACUUCUGAACAGCAAAGACACUGCUCAAGAGUAUGUGCUCACCGCCGUCGGCUUGUUGGCCGGAUCGACGAUCUUGCUCCUCACUGUACUUUGGGGCACUUGUGUCAUUGUUGGGAGUAGUGAAUUUCCCGGCGCUGGUUCGGGCGCUUCGGUUGAUUCAAGUUUAAUGCAAAAACCAUAUCGGAAAAUAUUAUUGAUGUUAACAGGUAAUGGGAUUGCAACAGAUGAAGAAACUGGGUACAUGGCAAGGAUCAUGGGUCUAUCAAUAAUACCAUUCAUCAUCAUCCAAAUCACAAUAUUUUUCCAAUUGUCUUCUGGGAAACGCGUUGUGAUCUUGAUCACUCUUAUUGUUUCUCUUAUUUUUCUUCUCCUCUACUUCAUCUAUCAGAUAUUUCAGCCUUGGAUUCAGCAAAGAAGAUUAGAGUACGUAAAACAUGAUCAUUUAGUGAUAAGAAUUUUACGAUACUUCCAAGAACAUGCUCUAGGAAAACUCCUCACAGACGAUGGAGCUCCGAACAUAAGUGUUAUAAGAGGGCUGUUUGAGGAAACAGACCUUGAUGGGGAUAACUAUAUAUCGCCUGCUGAAAUCAAGGAGCUUCUUCUUGGGAUCAGGUUUCGAAAACCACACUUAAUCGAUAAGGAAGAUGCAGUGCUAGAUGUUCUAGGACAGUUUGAUAUUGAUGGUGACGGAACAAUAACAAAGGAUGAGUUCAUAGCUGGGAUCUCAAAAUGGCUUGAUGAGACAAAGAAAGGAUUGCAUGACAGAAGUUACUCCAAUAAUUCAUUGAAAGAUCUACAACAGGUUCUUCGGCCUUGGAUUCUAAAGAGAAGGAACGAAAAUGAAAUGAAGGAAAAAUUGAUGUCUGGGAUUUUAAGACAUGUUCAAAACAGUGGCCUAGGAAGCCUGCUUAAAGAGGAUAACACGCCGGAUAUAGCAAAGAUAAAAAGCCUCUUUGAGAGAAUCGAUCUUGAUGGAGACAAUUGCAUAUCGCAAGCUGAACUAAAAGAACUCAUUAUGAGCAUCAAGUUUGGAGACAUGCCGCUAGACGUUGACGAAGCGGUCGCAAGAAUAAUGGAAAAACUUGACGUCAAUGGAGACCGAUUAAUCGAUGAGGAGGAGUUCAUCCAAGGCCUUGCCAAAUGGGUUAACAUUUCCAGCCAUCAGGCCCUGCAGUCGCCCAAACCGAACGACGAAAUAUUCCUUAAAGCUUGGAAAGAGACAGACGAGUUGGUAGAACAGACCAGUGCAGGGCCAGUUGAUAAAUCUCCUUGGGCAUGGUUCAAGGCCAUAAUGCUUUUGUUGGCUGGAAUUCUUAUACUAUCUGUUCUAGCAGAACCCCUCAUACAUAGUGUACAAUCCUUCUCAACAGCUGCUAAUAUAUCGUCGUUUUUCAUCGCAUUUAUCCUCGUCCCGUUAGCUACCAACGCUAGGGCUGCAACUUCAGCGAUCUCCGCCGCGAGUAGAAGAAAAGAAAGAACUACUUCCUUGACAUUUUCUGAGAUCUAUGGAGGAGUCUUCAUGAACAAUGUCCUAGGGAUUUCAGUACUAUUGUCCAUAAUUUACGUACGCGAAUUGACAUGGGAUUUCUCGGCUGAAGUACUCGUUGUUAUGAUCGUAUGCAUGGUGAUGGGCAUGUUUGCAAGCUUGCGCUCCAUCUUCCCAGUCUGGACAUCCAUCGUUGCAUACUUACUGUAUCCAUUGUCCUUGCUUUUGGUUUAUGCUCUUGAUGGUUUUGCCAAAUGGUUCUAAAAGUAGAACCAUUGAAGGUAGAAAAUGAGAGAAUUUUUGGAAGCUUUGGUGUUCAUUUUUUUUUUUUUUUUCUUUUCUUUUUUUUGCUUUUUGGUUAGUUCAUUGGAUUGAGGCCUUGUUGCAUGAAGAAUAUGAUUGAUUAAUUGUUUGAUAUGAAAUAUGGUUUUUUGUUUAUCA